CAAAUACAAAAUGGUUGAAAACUAAAGUUGGCAAACAAAGAAAGGCAGCGUAAAAGAGCCAUUUGUCGUUAAAAUACUGUUAUAUUGAGUGAAAGUUAGAUAGUUUAGUGUGUGAUAAGUGUUUUGUGAAUCAUGCUGGAUUUAGAAAUCGUUCCCGAACGUUCCCUGGGCUGCGAUGCCUGGGAGUUCGUUUUAGGAAUGCACUUCUCGCAAGCGGUCUCCAUUAUUCAGAGUCAAGUUGGAACGAUACGCGGUGUACAGGUUAUAUACAGUGAUCAGAAUCCACUAUCAGUGGACUUAGUAAUAAACAUGCCGCAGGACGGUAUACGGUUAAUAUUCGACCCGGUCGCGCAGCGGCUCAAGAUCAUUGAAAUAUACAAUAUGAAAUUAGUUAAGCUUAGGUAUAGCGGUAUGUGCUUCAAUUCGCCAGAGAUAACGCCAUCAAUCGAGCAAGUGGAGCAUUGCUUUGGAGCAACUCACCCCGGUCUGUACGACAGCCAGCGUCACUUGUUCGCGCUCAACUUUAGGGGUCUCUCAUUUUAUUUCCCCGUCGAUAGUAAAUUUGAGCCCGGAUACGCGCACGGUCUGGGCUCACUGCAGUUCCCAAACGGCGGCUCGCCCGUCGUUUCCCGAACAACGAUAUAUUACGGAUCCCAACAUCAGCUAACACGGUCAGCUAGCGGAGGUCGAUGCUCAGCUCCAUUAGCGGACUUGCCUCUUUCCUGCUACCGACACCAGCUGCACCUGAGGCGAUGUGAUGUUCUGAGAUCGCCGACCGCGACACUCGGAUUACGCUUGCAUAUAUACACAGAGGGCACGCGCUCGGGCUCGGCCGCGUCGGCGCGGCGGCGCGUGGUGCGCUUCGGCGACAGCUGCCAGGCCGUGGCGCGCGCGCUGGCGGCGCCGGCGCGCCUGUACUACAAGGCGGACGACAAGAUGCGCAUCCACCGCCCCACCGCGCGCCGCCGCCCGCCGCCCGCCUCCGACUACUUCUUCAACUACUUCACGCUGGGCCUGGACGUGCUGUUCGAUGCGCGUACGCAUCAAGUGAAGAAAUUCGUGCUACACACCAACUACCCGGGUCACUACAACUUUAACAUGUACCACAGAUGCGAGUUCGAGCUGAACGUGCAGCCAGACAAAUGCGAGUCAAACGCGCUGGUGGAGUCGCUGGGCGCGGUGAGCAUCACGGCGUACAGCAAGUGGGAGAGCGUGUCGCGCGCGCUGCGCGUGUGCGAGCGCCCCGUCGUGCUCAACCGCGCCUCCUCCACCAACACCACCAACCCCUUCGGCUCGACCUUCUGCUACGGCUACCAGGACAUGAUCUUCGAGGUGAUGUCGAACAACUACAUAGCAUCGAUAACUCUGUACCAGCCAGAGGGCACCCGCGCCCACUACGCGGUCAGUUCCAUCGCGUGACACAAUAAGGUAUCUCCAAGCAAAGGUAAAAAAUUCACAUCCUGAAUGCAGUUUGUCAGUUAAUACAAAAUUAAUAAAAAACACUCCACUAAUGUGACAACACUGCACCGUUCGACGCACGAACCUUCUGGCAAUGUGACACAUAUCCUUUACAAAAACCAACCUAAGAGGUAACAGUAUUUGAAAAAAAAAUGUGAUAAAAACUGUGAAAAAAAAACCUAAAAAAAAAUAAGUGAGUGACAGAUCUCAAGAUGGUGUGUAUACGUUUAUUUAAUUCCUUAGCAGCAAUGGACAGUAAAAAGAAUAUUUAAUAAAAAAAAAACAUUUAAGAUGAUAGUGCGAAAGUUUCUCUUAAUAAUCAUAAUUAGUCAAAU